AUGUCAGCGGACAGCGGCGGGCUCCUGGCGCGCCUCGGACGAGUACUGUUCUAUUAUAUGAAGAUGAUGCUCAUUGAGACCGAGCCGCGGAGCACGUGCGCCGCAACUCGCCCCCAGUCCCUGCCGGGCGCAGAGUCCCUCCCGCCGGCCCCUCUGUCCAGCCUCACUCCGGACCACCAGCUGCGGGAGGACUUCACGGUGCUGGCCAAGGACCUGGUCGCCAGCCUCAAGGGUGUCGUCGCCACACUGGUACUCCACGCCCCGCCCCCGCGCCGCUCGCUCGUCUCACUCUAUAUUAACCCCCCUCCCUCCCCUUUCAGUCCAGGGAGCGUGCCCGUGUCCGGUCGGAGGGCGAGGCCCCGCCGCUGGUGGCGUCUCUCCGGUCCGACCUCUCCACGGCGCUCCACCUCAACUCCGGUGAGGGUUCAUCUGUUGUUAUACAAUGUCACGGUCAUGGUGUGCGCCUCCCCAGAGUUGCGGUCCAGGCUCGCGCGCAUACACGACGCCUCCGACCUGGCGGACGUGUCGGCCGCCAACGUGAGCCGUCAGUUCCAGCAGUCGCUGAGCUACAGCUCGUCGUGUGUGUCCGCCUCAGAGUUCUUCGACGCGGAGGAACACGAGGACCAACAAGACGACCAACACGACGACCAGCUCAUCAACGCUGGAGAGACGGGAGUGAUCGAGCUGGACGGCGACUCGUCGUCGGAGGCGGGCUCGCUCAGCUCCGAGGACGGCUCGGCCAGCUCCGACAACUCGGACGCUAACAUGAUAACGGUAGUGUCGGAGCCCCGUCCGUCGUGGUCGCGCCGCAGCCGCCUGCCCAGUCCUCGUCCGGAGCCCGGCGGGCCCAGCCUGUGGAACCUGCUGUGUAAGAACAUCGGUAAGGACCUCAGCCAGGUGUCCAUGCCCGUCACCAUCAACGAGCCGCUCAACAUGCUGCAGCGCCUGUGCGAGGAGCUGGAGUACUCGGAGCUGCUGGACGCGGCGGCGUCGUGCGCGGACCCGGCGGAGCGCGCGGCGCUGGUGGCGUCGUUCGCGGUGAGCGCGUACGCGUCGGCCGCGCACCGCGCCGCCUCCAAGCCGUUCAACCCACUACUGGGCGAGACGUACGAGUGCGUGCGCCACGACCGCGGGUUCAGCUUCGUGGGCGAGCAGGUGUCGCACCACCCGCCCGUGUCCGCCUGCCACGCCGCCUCGCCGCGCUGGCUGUUCUGGCAGGAGGCGCGCAUCAAGACGCGCUUCUGGGGCAAGUCCAUGGAGUUCCAGCCGGCGGGGCGCGUGCACGUGCGGCUGGCCACCACCGGCGACCACUACAGCUGGAACAAGGUCACCACCUGCGUGCACAACCUGUUCGGCGGCCAGCGCUGGGUCGACCAGUACGGGGACAUGCACAUAGUCUGCCACGGAACCGACGUCUCCUGCAAACUGAACUUCAUCAAGGCGUCCUCGUGGUCGAGCGGUCGGCACGAGGUGCGCGGGUCCGUGUCGUGCGGGGCGCGGCGCGUGCGCCUGUCGGGCCGCUGGUCGGAGGCGCUGUACGCGGGCGAGCCCCCCGCCGCGCGCUGCCUGUGGCGGCCGGGCGCCAUGCCCGCCGACCACGAGGCCUACUACGGCUUCACGAGGUUCGCCACCGAGCUCAACGAGAUGGAGCCCGGCAUGGAGGACCUGCUGCCUCACACCGACACUAGACUCAGACCGGACCAGCGCGCGCUCGAGGACGGCGACGUGGACAAGGCGGAGCGACUCAAACACGAGCUGGAGCAGGCGCAGAGGGACAGGAGGAGGGAGCAGCCCGAGCACACGCCCGCCUGGUUCCGCAAGGAGUACGAGGGCGGCGAGGAGGCGUGGCGGUUCACGGGCGAGUACUGGACCGCCCGGGAGAAGGGCUUCCCCGACCUGGCCGCUCCGAGACUGUGGUGA